AUGUAUUUUUGUAGUAUUUUAAAAUUAUUACAAAAUCAUUUCAAAAAAUUGGCCAUUUUUAGUAAAGAAGUAGGUGAAAUAGGUGCAACUUUAAAUGAAACAUUAGAACAAAAUAAAGACACAUCAAAUACCGAAACUGCCAGCACUGAUUUGGGUUCAAAACAAGUUUCAGCUUGUACUUUAGAUUUUAUAUUGCCGAGUGAAUGGGCUUUGAAAGAAAGGCAGAAAUUUGGUAAAAAAGGAGGAGAGAAACGAAUAAGCAAAUAUGUGAUUCCAUAUUUUGAAGCGUAUUUUUUGGCUGGAGAUGUUAAUAAAAGUGAAAAAUAUACAGCUCAAGAAAUGUAUAAUGAACUAAAAGAAUUAGUAGAAGAAGGAAUUUUAGAAGCGGAGGAAAUUCCAAAAGUUUCUACAAUUGGUAAUUAG